GCUGCGCUCCAAUCAUUUCGAACAGAACUUUGUUUGCGGACUGAACGGCUUGUUUCUCCGGCAAUAUCUUUCAAUCAUCACCUGCCCUUCUGACAACGUUCUCUAAUGAAUUGUUUAGUUGAGGACGACUUGCAUUCGUGUCUGAUGGGCUGAGCACUGGGCGAGGAGGUCUCGCUGCGGCUGUAGAGUGGAUUAUGCCGUGUGUAUGCCGCAGCGCUCGUUAGAGAAAUGCAGCCUGCGGUGUUGGUGGGUGUGCUGCAGUGUCGGCCGCCGUCGUCGCCAUGGCUAAUAUGGGCCAGUCUAGGUUUAUUGCUGAUCGUGGUCCAUACAGCGGUGGGGCAGUCUACACAAGCAGCCACUAUGCCAGUCACCAGUACAGUUGGUAACACUCAGACUGGCCUCUCUGCAGCAACCUCAAGCACUCAGCACACACCGUCUUCACAGCCGGAUCAGACGCCAGGUACAACUACCCGUCCACCGACCACGUUGCCAUGGCACACCAUGACAACACAACAUGCAGCAACAACAACACCGCCUGUAACUACCCGGGGCACAACUAUAUUUCCAGGCGCAGGCUGGGACCGAACGUCAAAGCUGGCACCAUCCCGAUCCGAAACGAUGACAACCCGAUCCCCAACCACAACACCACGGCCUUCGUCUGCAGCUUCAGCAUCGCCAAUUGUACCUUCUGUCAGCACUACAACUCCAUCACAAACACCUAAGGUCGUCAGCACCACCAGCACACGCAUUCCUCAAACACCCACAGACCCUACCAGUAGUACACGCAUUACUCAAACACCUACAAACCAUACCAGCAGCGGCAGCACACGCAUGACGCAAUCAAUUACAUCCACAAUGCCUUCUUCACCAUCAGCUGCGGCUAGCGAGCACGGGACGACACGUCAGAGACCAACCGUGCCUCACAUAUCGGCAAGCGGCAGCGGACCCAUCGUACACCGCUCCGCCACGCCAAGCACGCCCACGACAACAGGAGUUGCCAUGACUGCAGCCAAUAACACGGCGGCGUUGACGGCACUGGUGACUGCUGGCAUCACCGUCAGAGGUAGCAGCGUUGACUCCCAGCUGGACAACUCUACCGACACACCACCAAUCUUCUUGGAUGAUAGUUCCACCGCUACCAGUGCAGGGUUCAUAGCCCUGUACGUCUUCUGUGGACUGCUCGUCGUCACAUUUCUAAUCUCCUGCUGCUGCAAGUAUAAGUUAAUACGCAGUGAGCAAGUUCACAAGCCGCUGGAUCAAGAGAUCGGGCUGCUGUACGCCAGCGAGUUAUCACCAGGGCAGAAGCUACAAGAGAAAUGGAAUGGGAACCCAGUGUUCGGAGCUGCACAAAGCAACAAUAUGAUAAUAGAGGAAUUGAACAUGUCUGAUGACAGUGAUCAUGACACUUCCCUUGCUGAGACAAUGAAGGUAGCUGACACUCAAAGUGUAGCCACCGAUGUUACCGGUACAGAUUCCAGAUCAGCAACGCUGCCCAGAUCUCUGAAAGGAGGUAUGGUGGGCACUACCUUACCCAGACCGCCCGGAACACUAGAGUUCAGCGGAGCUAGCACUGCCAGCACACCAGCCGGAACAUGGCAUCGAGAACAUAGCCGACGAUCUGACGACGAAGGCCGUGAAGGAGGCGACGAGGAGGAGUUCUCCGGACGCGAGGACACCAGCAUUUUCCGGCGUUCGUUCUUCAACCGGGCCGCCACGCUGGACUCGUUGUCACGCCGACAGGAGAGCCGCAGCUUCAAGCGGAAGCGCUUCGCCGGUAUGAAGAGCAAGAGUGCGGCCACGUCGCCCAUGCAGGAGAUGACGGAGGAGGGCCGUACGCCACCGCCGUUGCCCGGGGAGAACCGCAUGCUGGCGUUGGACGACGUCCGUCGUUCCACACGCAAACGCGGCGCCACGCUCUCCAGUCUUCCGCAGGCUGUUGCGCCGGCCCUGCCUCUGGGAGCUCCGCCGCCACCGCCGCCGAUACCCAAGGGAGGAUUCCAGCCCACGUCUCCGCUGGCUUCUCCGACACCGCUGCUAUCGGCCAGCUCUACGGACAGCCUCGACACCGUGUUAUCCGAUCACACACCCACACCACCGGGAACGGGAUCAGCAUUGGCGAGUGGUGGGGAUGAGGCACCGGCGAAAACACCAAUCACGGAGCUCGACGACAUGCCCGAGGAGGAGCCGGAUCACUACGCCCUUGUCGGGCAGCUGGACAUGGACGGGGGCGCCCCACCGGGGGAGGAGAGUAACUAUCUACGGCCCGCCGACGACUCCGUCAUCCGCUACUCCCUUAUCAAGGCCAAGACCAGUGCUGCGUCGCAACAGAGUGUUGAGUCACCGGAUAGCAUGAGACGCAGUGCUCGUCGCUCUUCCAAGCGUCACGUCCGCAAGAUGCCCACCGUUCAGAAGUCCUCGGCCUGCUCUCUCAAACGCCAGUCAGCCGCCGAGCAAUGGAAGGUGGACGAGAACUCCGUCAGUACGCUGCCACGGCUGCCGUACUACCGCGGCCAUGACGACAGUUCCCACGACGACCAGGCAACAGUGACGGUGGCAAGCAAGUCGAGCACGGCGCCGGGAAAGCUGUCCGCUCACAUCCUGAAGGGGUUCGAGCCAGCGUUGGAUAGCGUGUCUCAGAGCGCUCUCAGCCGCCUGGAGGAGUCCGACGCCGAGCACACCACGCACGCUGCCAGCAGCCUCGUCGUGCUGGCCGGGGCCAACGCGGACUCACGGGAACAGCUGCUGGAGAUGUCGUCACCGGAGGAGGCACCGUCGCAGAACACUCUCACGGACGACACGACGACGCGCAACACACCGCGGCGCGUACUCUCGCAACUAGACGCCAUCCUGCGGGCAGAGGGCGGCGCUUCCUCUGUCCCGGACCUGCAGCACAACGGCAGCAGCUCGUAUUUCCUUUCUUCGACCGACACCACGCUGGAAAGGAAACCCGGUCUAAACACAAUAGCGCAGAAUUCUGCACCGAAGAUGCCUGCUGCAGUUGAAAACGCAUCACACGGUGUGAUGGUGAAACAGCCGCUGCCACCACAGCCAGAGAUUGUUAUGGAACAGCCCGCCACGCUGGAUGAGUCGCAGUUCAAGCGCGGCGUCACCACGCAAUCCACGCCCGUGUCACACGCAGCCGCGCUCGUGCGAAAACCUACCGUUACGAAGCAACGUUCGGACGCCUUCUAUCGGACAGAACGUGUCGAGUACGAUCGGAUUAGAUCGACCAUGCAGCCGGCCAGUCAAAGUGCCACUAGGGUGAGAACGUUUGAAUGCGAGGAUUACUAUUUGCAGCACACUGCCCACCUGGGUAAUGCUGGGGUGCCGGCGUUCUAUUAGAUAUCGAACACAGACGUGGAGAGAGUCGCUGAGUCGCUGAGUGUGUGGGUGGAUGACUGAGAUACACUGGAAAACACAGACUGUGAAUAUGUAUAUGAUUUGAAAAUCGAGAUCGUUUGUGUCUGUUUUUAUUUUAAUAUUUUUUUACAUAACCCUAUUGUUGCCUAUGUACUAGUUGGCACACAGUGUACACAACUUGAGUUCAUGAUACUGCUACUGCGAGCCGCUGCUGCAUGGCUUCUGAUAAUUGCAAUCAGCAUUUCCCUGGACCAGGAGAGAACUGUGACACCGCACCUAUUAUACACGGAGCAGAGUUGCUGUCAAUAGCAUAACCUCUAGGCAAACUUCUAAGCUUUCUAUUUUAUACUUAGGAUUAGCUCGCGCAGAUACACCUUGAGAAACGUCUUUCCUUUCCUUCUUCUACUGGAUUCUUAGAAAGCCGUAAAAUUAGUCUUUAGUUACUCACUUUGAUAUUAUUGUUUUGCUGGAACACUGCACAUGCGUUCACGCAUUGCAUUUACUCGCCGUCUGCGUUGCCAAGGACACUAAAGCAGAUAUUCUUGAUUUUUGAAAUAUUUGGUUUUUGAUUCUGUCUGGAGAACAACAACCUUUCCUCGUGGGCCGUCAGAACACGAUUGGAGUGUA